GUCGAAAACAAUACUACUAGCUAGUACAUCUUCUCGAGUGUUUAUCCAGUGACCAGUAUUCUUUCGUAAUAAAUAAUUUGAUUCACCAUGAAAUUGAUUCUAGUAAUCACCGGACUCCUUUGCUUUCAACCGCUCAUCGAUGCCUUCAUCAACAUGGCGGAUGUGGACUGUGGAAUUUCGCCACUUCGUAACGGGAAAAUAGUCAACGGACUAGACGCCGCAGAAGCCGAAUUCCCCUGGAUAGUUUCACUUAAACUGCGCGGUGAACACUUUUGCGGCGGAGCUCUUAUUAACAGCAGAUGGGCUCUAACUGCGGCCCACUGUCUACUCAAUCGUAGAGCACCACAGAUUCAAGUGAGCGUGGCCGAGCACAACCUUCUUGACGCCAACAGCCAGCACACCAAAUUGUUCCAGGUGACCCAGAUCGUUUUGCAUCCGUCGUACGUGACCCGCCAGUUGGCCGACGACAUCGCCCUCAUCAGCUUCGAUCGAGCCGUCGAAUGGAGCGACCGCAUCCAGCCCGUCUGCCUUCCCAAUCCGGAUAAAGAUCCGUUCGCCGGAUUUCUGGCCACUGCGGCCGGUUGGGGAUGGACCGACGAGGUCAAGAACGGUGGGAAAAGAGCCAACACAUUGCAGAAGGUUGACGUGCCCAUUUUGGCUAACAAGGAUUGCCAGCAGUGGUACAAAGACGAGAAGAAAUCGUUGAUUAUCGUCGAUUCGGCAUUGUGCGCCGGGCUAGAACAGGGUGGCAAAGACUCUUGUCAAGGUGACAGCGGAGGACCGCUGUUGGUUAAGAAGGAUGGUCAUCAUUUGCUUGUGGGAGUUGUCAGCGCUGGGAUCGGUUGCGCAAGGCCUCGAUUGCCGGGACUUUACACGCGCGUCAACCACUACCUGGACUGGAUCUCUCGUACCAUCCGGCAGCAGGAGCAAGAAUUAUAAUUCCAAUUAAAUGUUACGAAAUUUAAUUUUGACCAUAUUGUAAAGGAAUGUAUUAUAUAUAUAUAUAUGUACGUACGAUGAA